AUGUUAUACUUAAAAAGGCUAUCUCCCCUAUUUCCUAAACUUCCUAGCCUUUCAAGAAGCAUUAUAACGAAAACCUCUCCACUACUAAUCAAAAAGAAACAAGUGAUUAUAUCUCCUUCUAUGACUUUAUCAAAUCUCGCAACCCAAAUGGAUAUCAAUAUGAAUACCCUUUUGUAUGCUUUAAGAGAUAUCGAAUCCAACAAUAAACUAGACCAGGAAUCCUUUGUAUCUGCAGAAACAGCAGAAAUUUUGGCCCAUGAGUUCAAUUGUUUGCCGACUUAUCCACAAAAAGAAGCAAAAUUUCCUUUGAGACCUCCAGUGGUCACUAUCAUGGGUCAUGUCGAUCAUGGAAAAACUACCUUGCUGGACAGCUUUAGGAAUUCGAAUAUAUGUGCUUCCGAGUAUGGAGGAAUCACACAGUCAAUUGGAGCUUUUUCAAUGAAAACCAGCUCAGGUGGAAUUAUCACAUUUAUAGACACCCCAGGACACAAAGCCUUUACUAAUAUGCGAGCACGUGGAGCUGAAAUCACCGACAUAGUCAUUUUAGUUGUAUGUGCCACAGAAGGCGUUCAGCCUACAACUCUUGAGUCCAUUCGGCAUGCGAGAGAAGCUGACGUACCAGUUAUAGUAGCUUUAAAUAAAAUUGAUUUGCCUAACGCUGAUGCAAAUCGUGUUGAGCUGCAAUUACUUGAUGCAGGGGUUGAAUUGGAAAAAUUUGGAGGAGAAGUGAUGAGUAUCCAAAUUUCCGCAAAAAAGAGGAUGAAUUUGGACCAGCUAGAAGAAGCGAUUUUAUUUAAAUCAGAAUUAAUGGAUUUGAGGGCGGAUAAAACCGGUUUUGCAAGAGGGACAAUAAUUGAAUCUAAAAUCAUAGAAGGUAGAGGCAGUUUGUGCAGUCUUCUGGUGCAAAAAGGAACCCUUAAGCCUGGUGAUAACUUAGUCAGUGGAAAUGUCUACGGAAAAAUUCGAUUUAUUUUGAAUGAAUUCGGAGAACAGUUAAAAGAAGCCUUGCCAAGCCAAGCAGUUGAAGUUACUGGACUAAACGAUAUGCCUGAUUCCGGAAACGAUCUUAUAAUUGUGUCGAGUCCAGCAAAAGCCAAAGCCAUUGCGGAUAGAAGAAAAAACGAAAAAGAAAGAGAAGAGGCAGAAAAGAAAGAAAAGGAAGUAAAGAUUGUUCUGCCUAAGCUAAGUUAUCAAGAGCGUAGAGGGCUCAGGACCCAAAAAACAAAUAUGAUUGUGGAGAGACUAAAAGAUGAGCUUGAACAAGUGAAAGCUGGGGCAGAGUUAAAUGCUUUUCGAGACCUUAAGAAAAUUAAAGAUAAAUUAGGAAAAGGCAUGUCAUUUGAAGAAAAUUUAGAGAAAAUCCAAGAAAUGUUUAGUGAUAAAGAGGAAAAAUCAAUAAAUGUGUUCUUAAAAGCACAGAACUUCGGGAUGCUAGAGGCUUACUCCCCCCCCUCCGUGAGUGAACAAAAAAAUUUUGUUCACUCACGGAGGGGGGUUAAUUUUUUUUUACAAAAUUUUAUAUAUAAAUUUUAUAAAAAAAAUUUUUUUUUUUCGAAAUUUAAAAAAAUCCUAAUUCGCAAAAAUUGGAAAGCAAAUAUUAAUUUAAUUUAUAAAAUUUAUGUUUUAAAAAGCAAUUCGUUUAAAAUUAAACAGAAUUAGCUCUAGAUUUCAUUGUAAUAAUUAUCAUUUAUAUUUCAAUUUUUUUUUCCCAUAAAAAAUUUUUCUAUUAAAAAAAUUGUUGUUCACUCACGAAGGGUGGGUUUUAGGCAAAAAAUGGCGAUUUUUCUAAUGGUUUUGUUCACUCACGGGGGGGGGGGGGGACUUAGAAGAUUCUGUGAAUAUACUUGGUAGAGAGAAAAAUGUGCCAAUUCGGAUAAUUCAGUCUGAAGUUGGAGCAAUAACAUCCCAAGAAAUCGAAUUUGCAAAAGAGCAAAAAGGAGUCAUACUGUGUAUGGAUCUAAGAAUACCAAGGAACGUCAUGGCAAAAGCUCAAAAGCUCGGCGUCGCUAUAAAGUCCCAUAAAAUCAUAUAUCACCUGCUGGCUGAUGUGAAUAACCUCAUCCUUGACUUUACAGAGCCCCUAUAUGUGACAGAAACUUUGGGAAAAGCUGAAGUAAAGCAAAUUUUUAGCAUAUCAGAAAAAGGAAGCAAAAGUAAAUUGGUUGGAGGGAUAUACGUUAUUAAUGGCUCAAUACAAAGAAGAGGGAAAUUCAAAGUUAUCAGAGAUGGAGACGUUGUUUACCAAGAUGCUGAAGCAGACAGCUUAAGGAAAUUAAAGGAGCACGUAAAAGAAGUCGUCCAAGGCCAUGAAGGAGGAAUAGGAUUAGAAGAUGAUGUCAUUCUAAAAGUUGGAGACAUAUUGGAGUGCUAUGAAACUAAGAGAAGGAAAAAUUAUUUCAAUCCUACACAAUCUGAAGUAGAAGCUUCUGAAGUACAAGAUAAGUAG